AUGAUACUCGAAGAAUGUCCUAUACCAUCUAAUAUAGAUUGGUGGCGUGGAACAUGUUCGAAUGAUACAUUAUAUUUAUCAUCCGCAGAAUGGGGUUCAUCUAUUUAUGAGUUUGAUCUUCGAUCAACAUUUCAAUUUGUUAAAACAUGGCAUUCACCAAUGACUUGUGAAAGAGAUGAGAUUAUUUGUGAUCUUAAAUAUAAUAAUGGUUUUCUUGGUAUACCUAUUUUUAAUAAACAUAAAGAACAAAGUCGUCUUGAUCUACGUCUAUCAACAACAUUAGAUUGUAUAUGGACAACAAAUAUUCAUGGUCAUUGUCGUUGUUGUUCAAUAAAUGGUAUAGAUUAG